GUGUUUGGAAAGGGAGUCCCGGCGCCGGGCUCCGCGUUCUCGAGGGCGCACCGAGAGUUCCCUUCUGGGUGGGGGGCGAGAAAGUUCCGCGUCUCGGCGCUCCAAAGCUUUGAUCACAGAAACUGCUCAUAUGAGGGAAUUCUGCCCCCCUGUUUCUGUGCCAAGAGGUUGAUGGAGUUGAGAAUAAGUCGGAAGAACUUUGCCACAAGGGAGGUGGCAUGCAGCCCAGCCUGUGUUUUGGCCAGAGCUGAAGGCCAUGGCUACUGUUAAAAUUCAUUAGGAUACAUCCCGGACAACAUCACUCCUGGAAAACCCAAACCAACCCCAGAAAGCAUCAUUGGGGCUUGGUUGAAAAGAAGAAACUACUGCGGCCGAGGAUACUUGCAGGGCUACCAUGGCCAGCAAAAGAAAGUCAACAACGCCAUGUAUGGUGCGAACCUCGGAAGCCAUGGAACAGGGGGCCCCUAAGGAUGCCAGUGCAGGAAGGGCACCCAGCAUUCCGGAGCAGGACUCGGGAGAGGCUGGAACAGACCCCUGUGAAAAUGACUGUGAGGUGAUUGAGGGCAAAUCUUCCCCAGCCAACCCAACAAGGAAGCCCCUUGGUGGCUAUGAAUGUAAGUACUGCCCGUUCUCCACCCAGAAUCUGAAUGAAUUCACAGAACACAUAGACACCCAGCAUCCCAAUGUGAUCCUCAACCCCCUCUACGUAUGCGCUGAAUGUAACUUUACAACCAAAAAGUAUGAUUCCUUAUCCGAGCACAACACAAAACUCCACCCAGGAGAAAACAACUUCAAGCUUAAGUUAAUCAAGCUCAACAAUCAGACUGUCCUAGAGCAGUCCAUUGAAGUAACAAAUAACCCAGUUGCGGCUGAAAUCCCAGAUUAUGGGGCGGUUCCAGCUGGGGCGAGCGGUACAAACAAAGCGGUGCCGAUUAUUAACAUUGGAAAGCCUAAAGGUGAGGCUAAGAAAGUUUCUAUGGACAACCAUCUGGAUGGGAUUGCCCAUCUUUUCACUGAAGCUGCUGAGCCUAUCGCAUGUAUUAAUGGAGCAGAGCUUCUCCAAGAUAUACUGGCUCAUGUAAUGCCCUCCGUACAGCUCCCGCCAAAUAUCAACCUCGUUCCCAAAGUCCCUGUACCACUGAAUAGUACCAAAUACAAUUCUGCCCUGGACACUAACGCAACUAUGAUCAAUUCCUUCAACAAAUUUCCAUACCCCACGCAGGCAGAGUUGUCGUGGCUGACGGCAGCAUCCAAACACCCGGAGGAGCAGAUCCGGAUUUGGUUCGCCACUCAGCGUUUGAAGCAUGGCAUCAGCUGGUCUCCAGAAGAGGUUGAAGAGGCAAGGAAGAAAAUGUUCAAUGGCACCAUCCAGUCAGCACCUCCGACCAUCACUGUUCUGCCAGCGCAUGUCACUGCCGCCAAAAUGCCACAGCCCCUUAUCCAAACAGCAGUGCCUUGUCAAAUCCUUAGCCAGACUGGCCUGGUUUUGGCACAAGUAUCAAACGGAUCAAACGUUUCCCCAAUCGCUCUUGCAGUUGCUGCCAAUCAAGGACAGAAACGGAGCACACAGAACCAGCCGGCUGUCCUAGAAGCCAAGCGACCACAUGUCGUCCCCGCAGAAGUUUUGUCUAAACAGAACCCCCCGGCUACUCCUACUAGUCCAACCACAGUGCCCUUGUCCUCCGCAUCACUGAUAUCACCCAAUGAUCGCAAGAAGACCAAGGAGCAGAUCGCGGCCCUGAAGGCAAGUUUUAUUGUCAGCCAGUUUCCUGACAAUGCCGAAAUUUACAAGCUGAUAGAAAUCACGGGUCUCUCCAGGAGCGAGAUCAAGAAGUGGUUCAGUGACCACCGAUACCGAAGUCAGAGGGGGAUUGUCAACAUCACGAGUGAAUCCAUAGCCAAAGACCAGAUUGCUCUCGCUGCUGCCCGACAGGGACGUGCUUACAGUCCAUACCCAGAUUUCACUUUUCAGAAGUUCAAAGGAAAAACCCAACAACAAUUCCGUAUCCUUGAGGAAAGCUUCCUUAAGAGCUCUUUUCCAACACAAAGUGAGUUAGAAAGACUUCGGACUGAUGCCAAGAUGAGUAGAAGGGAGGUUGAAUCCUGGUUCGCGGAGCGAAGAAAGCUCCGGGAUAACAUGGAACAAGCAGUCUUGGACUCAAUGGGACCAAGCCUAAAGAAGGAUCAAGGGGCUUCCAAUGGUGCACUAAGUGACGUGGAGCAAUUUAGCAUUUCCCAGGUUCCAACAUCUUUGUCCCGGUGCUCCACAGCCCCUGCUACAAGUAGCCAAGAGCAGGUUCACUUGCUGAAGAGUACAUUCGCCAGAACCCAGUGGCCAUCCCCACAGGAGUAUGACGAGUUGGCAGCUCAAACUGGACUCACUAGGACAGAAAUUGUUCGUUGGUUCAAAGAGAACAGAAGCUCUCUAAGAACUGGAACCCUAAAAUGGUUGGACCAAUACAAGCAACAGUAUGUCAUUGAUGGGUAUAGCAAGACAAAGGGGCCAAUGCCAACUGGGAGCCUGAAGAACAACAUCAAAGACAUUCAGCAGCCUCAGAAGGACUACCAGGAGCUGGGGGAGCAGAAUGUAGAACAUACAGGAAAAUCAAAAGGACAAAGCCAAGAUAACCAGGGCAACAAGAAGAACCAGGACACUGGUGAUUGGGUAGAAGUCACCAUUGACGAUGACGAUGCUGCUUCGGACUGUCUGGAUAGUUGGAGUCAAUCAGUGCCUGAAAGCAAGGCACAUUUUGAUUCUGAAAGUAUAUCUGUUGACAAAUCUCACACCUAGACAGGCAUGUUACUCGGCUUUCUUGACCUCUCUUUCCAGCCUUGGGAGUACCCUGUCAUAGACCAUGGGAUCAAACACGGUCUUUCAAAAUAGAACACCCCAAGCUGCAAUUCUAGAAUCGAAGUCAUGAUGGAGAAAAGACCAUUCUGUGGAGCGAUGCAACAAGUUUCAUGGUGCCAAAGUCCCAUUAGGGGAUUUUUCAAAA